AUGACAAUAGCCCCAAAAGAUUCUAUACCAGAUCGAGAACGAGAAAGGGUACAAAACUUGGAGAAGUCAAUUCAGAAAGGUCGUGAAAGACUUGGUAAUUUAACAUAUGAUGAAUUGAUUGGUACUGUGUGUUUGGUUUCUUCUGAAUCUCAAUGCCCCGGAGCCCAUUUUUUGCACAAUAUUCAGUCAGAUAUUUUCAAAGCUUUUACAUUUGAUCCCAGAACCUCUCUUGCGUUCAAGAAGGAUGAAGUUUUUGAUAUAAUUGAACCUCAAAAUGUUGGGUAUAAAAGAAUUACAUUAAAAUUGAUGAUAAAAGAUUAUCCAACUCUGUCGAUAGAAAAACAAGGCAUUGCAGAUAUCAAAUCAUUUCUUGAGUCGAGAGAUUCAACUGUUGAAAUUUAUAUUCAAGAACAACUUGAUUUUACCCAAGUGUUGGAUCACUUGAAUAAAUUUGGCGUUCCAAAAUCUGAUGCUCAGAUUGAUGAUGAAAUAGCAAAAGUCAAUAGAGAAAGAAUUCCAUUGUUUCUCUUGAAUAUGAAUCAAAUGUCAAAUGCACUAACAUUGCAGCAGCUCAAGAUAUUAUUAAUGUUUUAUUCCAAUUCGUUGAAAGAUGUGAAGAUUGAUUGCUUUAGAUCAUGUUUCAAAGUUGUUCAAAAGCAAAAAUCAUCAUUUGUUAAUAUUGAGUCAACAGACCCUCACCGCAACUUUAUUUACCAUUUCAAUCCCAAUGAAACUACAGAUACAGAUGGAAAUGAGACCCAGACUAAGACACAAGAUAAAAUAUCAGAAGCUGAAAGUAUUAUUCAAAACAGUUCUUUUAUCUUCCAAACAACUAAUUUUACUAAUCCAAAAUUAUCAUUUCACCGAAAUUUUUACUCUGUUUAUGACUUAUGUUGCCAAAAUAACUUAUUACCAGACAAUGACUCUAAUGAUCAAGGGCCAACUAAGACAUAG